UGGAGAUGAAGCACCCGGAACACCUCUACAUCUCCGCCUCGGAGUGGCCCCUCAUGGUGUUCUACAUGGUGAUGUGCAUCGUCUACGUGCUCUACGGCGUCCUCUGGCUGGUCCUCCUCGCCUGCUACUGGCGCGACAUCCUGCGCAUCCAGUUUUGGAUCGGCGGCGUCAUCUUCUUGGGCAUGCUGGAGAAGGCCGUCUUCUACGCGGAGUUCCAGAGCAUCCAGAACCACGGAGUGUCGGCAUCCAUCAUCUUCAUUAUCUGGACCACCAAGACGUUCCGGCUCGCCACGUGCCAGUCGGACUGGCGGGAGCUGUGGAUUGACGAUGCUUUCUGGCGGUUCCUCUUCUCCAUCAUCCUCUUAGUCAUCAUGUUCCUCUGGAGACCCUCAGCCAAUAACCAAAGAUAUGCCUUUAUGCCCUUGGUGGACGAAGGCAGCGAGCCAGAAGACGAGGAGGACGAGCAGAUGGUCAACAAGGCCUUCGGGAUGAAGAUGAGAGGCACAAAGCCCGAAGCCAACGGAAUCCUCAAGGGGAGCCGUGUGGAUGAAGACUUGAAAUGGGUUGAAGAAAAUAUCCCCUCUUCCAUGGCCGACGUCGUGCUGCCCCCGUUGCUGGACUCCGACGAGGAAAUUGUAACCACGAAGUUCGAAAUGUCCAAGAUGGAAUGAAGUCAAGACUGCUAACCGGUUGUGCUGUCUUCCCGUUGGAUUUUGUGCGGAUAAAGAGUCGCGGAUGGUCACUUUGUUCCUUUUUACACACGCAUAUAUAUAUAUAGAUAUAUAUACACACACACACACACAUAUAUAUAUAUUUGUAUAUUGUUAAGAAGAUUAUUUUAUUACCGUUUGCGUUUCUGACUCUGAAGCUUCGGGGCUUUUGCCAAGCAGGGACCGCUGCUCGCCCCCGUCAGCCAGGAGAGGAAUUCCGAAAGGCCCGUGCCUCCCGCCAGAGAGAAGAAUGGGUCGACCCGACUAACCUCGUUCCACCGGCCGUCUCCCCGACUGCGUUUGGAACGAACGUUUUCCCCGCCAUUCACACGAGAGCAGUUUUGUAACAUCAGUCCGUGUUUCCCUGCUGUUGUCCAGCCCCGGCUUUCCGUUGGCGCCCGCUCAGCAUCUGGUGGCGUGAAAGCAUCAGCUGUACGUGCGACUCCCAAGUCGGAAGGGGGAAUUAGGGGUCCAGUGGGGUUACGGAGGGGGAUUCGUUUCUCUCUCUCCUCCUUCCCAACCUUUUGGUGAUACAAAGUGGUGUGUGGGGGGAGGGGUGACCAAAGGGGUGUGUGAAAAUAUGUACGUGAUUAUUGCUGAGAUUUUGAGGUAGGGCUUUGGGGUUUGUGGAAGGCCCAUCCGGGGCUAGGCCUAGGGGAGGUUCGUGCCUUUUGGAGAGGAAUAAAUGCCCAGUCACGUGGCGAAGGUUCUUAUUCGUCAGGUGGCGAAGGUUAUUCGUCAGGUGGCGAAGGUUCUUAUUCGGCAGCCAGAAAACUUUCGCGGGGGACAAAGGCCAGUUCCUUUGCUGCAAACGAGGACAGAUUCAUUGUGAACACCAACGGACUCUGGCGCGUGCUUGGGAAGGGGAAGGUUCCAGGUUUGAAUCCCCAUGACGUCGAUCCCUUCCAGACCCCUUUAAGACACUACUUCUCAAACUGCGCUGAGGCUUGCGGAAAAGCUCAGUUGUGAAUGUACAGCUGCUGGCGUUUGGCGGGAUGCGGUUGGUACAGGGGAGGUGUGGCAUCAGUUCUCAUAUGCGAACACCACAGUGCGUUACCCCGGAGUGUGCUUUUUCGUGUCGCAGCAGAACGUUCCUCCUCCCCCUCCCCUCCAUUUUUUUUUGGGGGGGUGACACCAGAUGGGGAAAAAAAACACAUCCUUCCACAUGAUCGCCUUUCCCCACUUUUUUGUUCCGGGCCCGUGAUCUCUGAACCCCUUCUGCUGCUUCGGCAGACAAGAGACCCCCUCUUAGCCCCGAACGCCUGACGCACUCAAGACCCAACUCUGAUUUCAUUCACACUUUUCUUUACUUUUUAAAAAAAAAUAAAAUAAAAUGUUAUAUUUGAUCAGCGCUGUGGCCUGAAUUCUCCCAGAGGGGGGAGUUGCUUUGGCAACGGUUGGCCUCCCUGUACCUUCACGCUUUCACGCAUUCUCACACUUGGGGUACGUUUCGUGGUGACCUAGAUAAUCGGUGGGAGGGAGGAAGGAAGGAAAAUCAGAUUUCUUCUCCAGUAACCUUUAUUUAUUUUGCAAUUGUACAUAAUGUCUUGGGGAGGAAAACGUGUGUGUGUGUGUGUUACGCAGUAAUAUUAAAAAAAGAGAA